AUGGAGCUGCUACUGCUUACCACACUCUGUAUCCUCUCUCUUUUGCUAACAUCCUCUUGCGCUUAUUCUCACCAAACUGAUCAUCAGCUGUUAUCAUCUCUUGAACAAGGUAAUCUCUCUCUCUCUCUCUCUCUCUCUCAUGAUUUUCUGUGGCCAGUUCAUGAUCAGGGUAUUUCUCUCACCGAACUGCCAAGGAAGCUGGGACCAGUUGAGGAAUCAUCCAUUCUUAAAAGAUGCAAGACCAUUGAGGACUCCAAACCAGAAGCUGACAAGAAAGAAGACCUAUCAGGUAAGAUGAUACACAGUCAGGUGAUGGUGAAUGGAAGAGAAGGGACAAGACAAAGAUGGAUCGAAGGGAAGGACAUGUGGAAGUUUUUCACAAUGGACUACAACCACAUAAGACGUCGACGACCAAUACAUAACAACAAGGCCAUCCCAACUAGACAACCCUGAAAAAUGGAGCCUUUGAUUCUGGGAACUACUGAUCCAAACUCAAAGAAAGAGAAGGAAGGUCUGGAAAAGGAAUAUCAUAAAUUCUUAUUGUAAUUAGGGAAAUGAGGAGACUGUCUUCUUCCAUUCAUGUUAUGGCCGACAUUAUUCACCAAAACCCUAAACCGUUUUGUUGUAAUCAAGGUUAACAACGUCCCUACCCAUGCGUUUUUAUG